UCAGUUGUAUAAAUGACUUUGUCUUUUCCAGAUCUGAAACGACAGACAGCAUCUGCACACAUUUCUCCAGAUGAGGACAAAAGGAGCAGUUAUUCAGCUGUGGAAAACAGCCACAUGGAAGCUUCUGGAGUCGGACCAUCUUUGAAUCCCAUCGUACCGAUCCCAGUUCGAUCACGCCGCUCAGCUCUGGACUCCCAGUGCGGCCUCCACUCCAUCCUGCUGCAGGUUCGGGACCUGGGGCUGGGCUACGACUCAGAUGAGACUAUUUUAUUCAAGUAUUGCAGCGGCACGUGUCCCCGUGUGCGCUCCAACCACGACCUCACCCUCACCAACCUGCUGCUCACUGGACUUCUCCCCAGCCCAGUGCUCGGGGAGCUGUGGCACAAUGCACCGUGCUGCAGGCCCACCCACCACGAGGACGUGGCCUUUCUUGAUAACUCACACCGAUGGCACAAGGUGGAAAAGCUGUCAGCUGCCGGCUGCAGCUGCGUGGGCUAG